GAUCGCCACGCUCACCGAGACACUUUCGUCGUUGUGCUGUGUGCCGCGCUUAUUUUUUUUAGAUCGAAACAACGAGCAUGUGAGUGAGUGCGCGUUAAAAUAAAGACACACUUUUAAUAAGUACAAAGAACACCGAUUACCGGACUGGCUCGUGCUCCAUGAGCUUUGAUUUAGAAAGCAAAUUGGAGAUCGCUAAUUUUAGUUCGACAAAAGAUGAUGGUCUUAGCUUGUCAUUAACGAUAUCAAAGGAUAAUCACUCGCACGUAGCACAUCACGAAGCAAAUAUCAAUCGCUCGAGCAGUAGCAGUAGCGAAUUAUAAGAAACGACGCAUUAGAAAACAGAAAAAAAGCAAACAUGGCCGUGAAGGAGUGGUUCCGAAAGCUGCGCCCGGUCCAGCUGUACAUCGUGUUGGCGCUGACCAUAGCUUACUUCGUCGUGGCUAUCAUCGCCACGUACAUCACCCACUGUCUGACGUUGCGCAUGAACGCCUAUCACAUGGUCUGCAACAUCGUCUCGCUCUUCGGCUGCAUAGCUUCGAUCAAGUACGAGAAUGACAAUGAAAACAGCUGCCAAGGUUCGAUGGCUUCUUUGAAAGCAUCGUCUAACAGUUUGGAUGUUGCCGAAUCGACCAAUAAAGCCGUCGUAUCCGUUUCGGAAAAAUCGCAGGAUCAGUCGGAAAAGAGCAACGAGAAGAACGGCAAGGGCUCGACGGCGUCGAUCAAAUCGUCGUCCAACAGUUUGGACGCAAAAACGACAGUCAACAGCAAAGCAGUAGUGGCCAAGAAAAAAGCCAAAGUAAGACGAAUGUUUUCCAAAACGUUCAAAGACCGACGAAUUGAUACAAAUGUUAAUGAAUCACUGUGCUUUACGCAGCAAACGCGCUCGGAGAAGCGCAUGAAGAACACGUUCGGCUGGGCGCGCAUCGACACCGUGACGAUGCUCGUGUGCUGCGUGCUGCUGGCCUCGUUCUGCUUCUCCAUACUGGUGGACUCGAUGUCGGUCCUCGUGCACGUCAUCCACAAGGACGCGAUGCACUAUCCGCUGACGGUCAUGAGCAUCGGCGCGGCCGGCGUCCUCCUCAAUGCCAUCUGCUACUUCCUCAUCGGCGGCUACACCUUCAAUCAGGGCAUCUUUCUGCACUUCACCAGCGACGGCAACGUCAUUCUCAAGAGGAACCUGUCGAAAUCCAAUGGGACGGACGUGAGCAUGGACAGCGCGACGAGGCGCAGCCCGCUCAAGCAGCCGAUGGGCCAAGGCUGGCAGGAGAUGUGCCGUGACGUCCUCGGCUGUCUGCUCAUAAUCGCCGACGCGGGUCUCGUCCACAUGUACAUGUAUCUCGAGCAGUCGGAUCUGGCGGCCAAGAUCGAUCCCAUAUUCGCCAUCAUUUCCUCGGUUCUCGUCAUGGCUCUCAGCUACAAAUACAUGAAAGAAUCCGGCAUGAUACUGCUGCAGACAAUACCGAACCACAUAAACAUCGACUUGCUGCAAAAAGAACUGCUGGCCGCUUUUCCCGACAUCGUGAACGUGCAUGACUUGCACGUGUGGCAGCUCAACGGGGAGAAAGUCGUUUCCACGGUCCACAUCAUCUACGCGGAUCCAUCGGUCUGCGCGAGAAUUACCGAUCAGAUUACGAGUUUCUUCAUUGAAAUGGGUAUAACGCACGUGACCAUUCAGCCCGAAUUCAGUAACAUGAAACCGUACCUGGACCCAAACACCGAGUGCCUCAUACGUUGCCAGAGCAAGACCUGCAACAAUUCGACCUGCUGUUGGGCCACCCUGGACGAGGACGAUCACGAUCAUCACCAUCACCACCACCAUCAUCACGAUCACAGCAAGCACGAGCACGUGCUCAAUCGCAAAUUCAGCUCCAAGGAGAUUCUGCCCGCGGACAACGUCGACUUGACCAAGUUCAAGAUCAACAUCGGCGAGGUCAACGAGCUGACCUGUUCGACGCCCGACAUUGCCUGCACCGGCAGCGGCGAACAGCAAAGAGAGCCGCCCGUCAAAGAGAGCAUCAAGCUGCGCGCCAUCAGUGCCAUAGAGUUGAGCCACGAUCGAGCCCUGCAUCAGCAGCUCGACGUCAACGUCGCGGUACUGAACAAGCCCGAGGACGACGCCUCGUUGGCCAGCAGCAGCAAGGAAACUUCGAUAGCUGCAGCGGAGGACAGCGAGGAAAGGGAAAAGUCGAGCUAUUCGCUCGAUCGGGGUAGCCAGCAAAAUGUGGCGGUACAGCAGCAGCAGCAGCAGCAGCUGGCCGAAUCGAACGAACAGUUGGCGGAGCCCGCGAAAGAGACGCCACUUGCCCAAAGUUGAAUAUACGCAUAAAUAUUAUUUGCCUGAUAAUAUACGUAAACGUGUGUGAGCCAAUUUGUGAACUCAAAGACUGGAUUUAUAUUAGUGUGUGUGUUUUUUUGUAAUUAAUAUAUUAUAUGAAGUAUUCAACUCGACGCUAAACACAUUCCACACUCGAUAUCGAUCAAACAGCGUGUGAUCUUGCGUGAUUAUUACCUUUUUUUUUUCUUUUUUAUACGUGUAAAUAAACUUUCGAUGAAAAUACCUUAUGAUAUAUCAUAGCUUGCCAGUGCAAUAUUAGUGGCGAAGAUUAUUACGUUGCAUAUGGAGCAAAGGACGCGAAACGCGUUUGUAACGCGACGAUUGCCAAAAUCUUUUUUGAGAACAUAAUAUAACAUAUUUAUUAUACAGAAUUUGUAAUCUAUAUAUCGUUAUAAUUGUAUACACUGUUACGAAUUGUAUUUAACUUUUUAAAAAGUUUAUUACGCAAAAAUGUUGAAUGUAUUUUUAAUAGUUUAAGUAAUUUAAACAGGUGCGCGCAUCGACGAGCCGGGUUAUUCCCCGGUCUCUUUGUUAUACGAAAAAAAAAAAAAUAAUAAAACGAUCGACCCAUCAAGUUAUCAUUGA